AUGCGUUACAAAGAUGAAAACAUAUGCCUUAUUGGCGUGAUACCCGGGCCUGGAAAACCAUCAUUGGAGCAAAUCAAUCAUUUCCUGCGAUUGCUCGUUGACGACCUCCUGGAGUUUUGGUCCCCAGGAAUUUACUUCUCGCGUACUGCGUUGCAUCCGGAAGGCCGUUUCUCCUAUGGUUUCCUUAUCCCCCUUGUUAGCGAUCAGCUCGCUGCGCGCCAAGUGGCAGGUCUGCCGUCAUCGUCCGGGAACCACCUGUGCUCAUUCUGCUUCCUCACGAGGGACCAGAUAGAGGAACUUGAUGAGACGCAAUGGCCCGUCAGGGAUCUGGAUCUGCAUCGACAGCGGGCGAUGGAGUGGCGCGAUGCUCCGAGCGAGGCAGUCAGGGAAGCCAUUUUUCAGGCGGAAGGUUUGCGCUUUACCGAGUUGCUCCGGUUAUCGUAUUGGGACCCGAGGCGGUUCGUAGCCGUCGAUCCGAUGCAUGCACAUCUUCUGGGAGAUCUUGAGGACCUCCUGCGAGACGUUUGGGGCGCAGAUACGGAGCUACCAUCUGGGCUAGGGAAGCGGCCGCCUGGGUUCAAAGUACCAACCUGUCAAGACAAGGCAAAACCAGCGGUAUGGGCGAAAUGCAUGCAGACUUUAGGGAAAGGCAGCGUUGAACAGCUGGCGCGCCUGAAUUGGCCAUCGUUGUGGCGUAUGUGCUAUGACAGAGAUUUACGUCGAGCCGGAACGAAACUGAUGUUGGCUAGACACCUUGUUAAAUGGGUUCGUGGCGACCACAAAGCUGCAUUACUUAACGGAGAAGACCCAACAAACGUCGCCAGACCACAACCGUUUGUUCGACACAUAGCGAUUCCGGAUCUCCCCGUGUCUUUGACAGGACGACGGCAACCUGUGACCGAACAGGACGUCAAGGAUGCGGAGGAUGCGUUGCGUACAAGAAACAAUGUGUCUAUGUUGCGGCAUGGCCAACUCCUUGCGCUGUGCGCAAGGAGAGACAUCCGUGUUCUAAACGAGGGAGGCGCUCAAUCAAACAAGAAUGAGCUCAUAGAUAGACUCAACCAACAUUCUCAUUUGUACCGUACUUGUCAGCGAGACCGGAAUGGACUUCUAGACGCAGAUGGAAAUCUGGCGAAAGGCGGCGAAGAGCCCGCCACGGUGGUACUUGGGUCCGACGUGCUUUCUGAAAUCUGGAGCGAUCAAGAACGUUUAGUCCUUCCUUCACAUCUAGCACCUGGACCAGCCAAGUUCGGCUCCAAGACAGGCAAAUUAAAGGCGGACCAAUGGAGAGCAGUCGGUACCAUUCAUCUCGUCAUCACGCUACCUCGUCUCUGGGGCCACGAGACCGGCCGGAAGAAGCAGCUCCUCACCAACUUCAUGCACCUGGUUUGCGCGGUUCAGAUUGCUCGUAUGCAUUCCACGUCGGCACGUCUCGCUGACCUCUACCGUUACCACUAUAAGGCAUACGUAGCCGGAUUCAUUGACUUGUACAAGGAGGCAACAGUCAAACCAACUAAUCAUCUCGCAUUGCAUAUCGCCGACUUCCUCCCUGCCAUGGGCCCAACGCACUCCUAUCGAACGUGGGCGUUCGAAAGGAUGAACUUUACAUUGCAGAACAUGCCAACGAACAAGAAGCAUGGAGAGCUCGAGAUGACAUACAUGUAUCAUGCCAGUCGUGCUGCCAACCUCAUAGCACUCAUGACGAGCGGUGCUCUUCCAGACGAACUCGCCGACUUAAAACCUGCAUUUGACAAAGCAUUCCGAUCGGAUUAUCGUGGGUCGCGCUUGAACGAUAUUCUAGGUCUUGGCGAUUCAGCACACCUGCAAGUCGAAGAGUCGCGUGGCAGACUAAUCGUAGAGGAAUCGAUCCGGAGACUAUUGGACAACUAUACCGGGAUUUCGACUUUGCAUGGUGCGCGACAUUUGUGA